UCCAAACUGGCCCAGCCGCCUCCCUCGCCGUCGCCGCUCCCCUCUGCUCUUCUCCCUGGAACUUCGAUUCUGCGGCUUGACAUCGGUGCGCUCUGUGCCGACCAACUCGCGUCGCUCAAGGUGCUGGGAUGGCUUCAGGCUGCGGGAGGAUGCGCGGCGGCGGCGUGGGGGCAGUAAGUCAGGCGAGUCCCGUCCGGCGGCGGCCGGGAGGGGUGGUGGCGGGCGGAUGGGCGGCAUCGGGAGGUGGGGACGGAUUCGGACUGCGGCGCUUGGGACUGCAACUGGAGAGUGUACGAAUGCGCCCCAGAGUCACAGAGAAGCUGCGAGUGAAGGGCGAAGGGCAUGUUCACCGUUUCAAGGGCGCUCAAGGUAAACGAAAAGGGUGUAAAAUCCUUCUGAACCCAUUUCUGAAAUGUGGCGCUUUCAUGUAAUUUUUGCCCUAUAAAAAUGCACUGAGGUAGUAACUAAUUGUGACAGACAUAUAUAUAAUUCUGCUGCAGCUGAACAAAAGAACCGAUCUGGCGAUCUGUAUAAACCUGAUUUAAAUGUUGAGGAUUAACAAUAAAAGGUGCACUAUUGAAUGAUACCUCAUGUGUCCUGAUGAGCUGACCUGCCCCGUUGAAUUAAUUGUGCAUGAUGGCUAGCUGACUGGCAACCUGUCUUGAAGAACAAUGGAAUACAGUUUUCUGGAUUCUGUGUGGAUUAAACAGCACUAUGUAACUCCAAAUAUGGUUGCUUUGCUUGUAGGUUUUUCAGUUCAGAUAUCAAGUGAAUUUGACCAUUGGCUCUUCUCCAUUUUUUUAAGCUGCAAGUGUACCAUUCUUUUCUCCUCGAUGUGUACAGAUGUUUGGAGGUGGUUCUGUGUAUGCUACUGAAAACAUCAAAACUGUAGUUGCGUGUAUGCUGCUGAGAACAUGAAAAGAUUGCGGAUCCAUAUAUAGCACUGCUAAAAGAACCUCUAUUUUUAUCCAUGUAUAGUUGAAUCUGUCAGUUUAUGUCCUUCCAAAAAAUCUGUCCUUUUUAUAAUAAACUUGAACACGAGCGCUUUGCGUGUUCGAAAAAAUAAGUGCGCUGAAACCUUCAGAAAUUUCAGUUAAGUCCUAUUCAGCAAUCAGCUAAGGCAGGUGCUUUCUGCCUCGUUUAACAAUCUGUUGCAUUUUUCGGCAUCUCAAGAUCUAUACUUUCAGGGCUUACUCUGCUCCUAUUAAAAAUAGAGGUCUGACUUUUGAUGGUAGCAGUUGCUCCUCGACUUGUAUAUAUGGACAUUCACAUGCUUCUUGACAAUGCAACAGAGCAGGCCUUUCUUCACUAGCUAUGCAGAGGCACCUCUUCUAGCAUUAUUCUACAGCAGCUGUGUGACUAACAAUGCCGCGAGCUGUUUCUGAUGGAGGAGAGAACCUCAAUGGCUCUGACGUUGGUGGCAGCCGGGCAUUAUCACACUACAGCAUGGACAGCACUGGUUACAGCGUUAGCUUUCUGCCAAAGAAGAGCCUCCUCGAGGAGUUCUCCAGUGCGUUGAAGGACAUGUUCUUCGCUGGAGACGAUCCGUUGCGGCAGUACAAGGAGCAACCAAGCUGGUCCAAGAGGGUCUGGCUCAGCCUGCAGCAUGUGUUCCUGGUGCUUGAAUGGGGCAGGCACUACACCCUCAGCAAGUUCAAGGGGGAUUUCAUCGCUGGCCUUACCAUAGCCAGCCUCUGUAUACCUCAGGAUAUUGGGUACUCGAAGCUUGCUAAUCUGCCACCAGAGAUUGGGCUGUACAGUAGCUUCGUUCCACCAUUGAUAUACACUUUGAUGGGCAGCUCCAGAGAUUUGGCCAUUGGUCCUGUGGCCGUUGUAUCGCUGCUGCUCGGCAGUCAACUGCAGAAUGAGUUUGAUCCCAAGACGCACCCACUAGAGUAUAGACGUCUAGCUUUCACCGCGACAUUCUUCGCCGGGAUUACUCAGGCUGCGCUCGGGUUCUUCAGGCUGGGGUUCAUCAUAGAGUUCUUGUCUCAUGCUGCCAUCGUUGGAUUCAUGGCCGGUGCUGCCAUCACCAUUGCUCUUCAGCAGCUGAAAGGGUUCCUUGGCGUAAGAAAGUUCACUACCAAUACCGACAUAGUCUCAGUCAUGAAAUCAAUCUUCAAGAGUGCUCAUCACGGGUGGAACUGGCAGACGAUAUUGAUCGGUGCAUCAUUCCUGGGAUUUCUUUUGGUCACGAAAUAUAUUGGGAAGAAAAAGAAGAAGCUCUUCUGGAUGUCCGCUACCUCACCGCUCAUUUCAGUGAUCAUAUCAACCUUCUUUGUGUACAUAACUCGUGCAGACAAGCAUGGGGUUGCAGUUGUCAAAAACAUAGAGAAAGGCAUCAAUCCGCCUUCAGCUAGCCGCAUAUACUUCAGUGGCCCAUUCUUGCUGAAAGGAUUCAAAAUUGGAGUAGUAGCUGGAUUGAUAGCCCUAACGGAGGUGAUUGCAAUUGGAAGAACAUUUGCUGCCAUGAAGGAUUACCAACUAGAUGGGAACAAGGAAAUGGUGGCUCUUGGAACCAUGAACGUGGUAGCUUCAUUGACUUCGUGCUACAUAACCACAGGCGGUUUCGGGCGAUCAGCGGUCAAUUGCGCGGCUGGCUGCAAAACAGCUGCGUCCAAUAUUAUUAUGUCAAUUGUAGUACUGCUUACGCUGUUGUUUAUUACUCCGUUGUUCAAGUACACUCCCAAUGCCAUCCUCUCUUCCAUCAUCAUAUCAGCAGUGCUUGGCCUAAUUGACUACAAGGCAUCAUACCUUAUAUGGAAGGUUGAUAAGUUGGACUUCUUGGCAUGUCUGGGGGCCUUUUUAGGAGUUGUAUUUUCAUCGGUGGAGUAUGGCCUGCUAAUUGCAGUUUCAAUUUCAAUUGCCAAGAUACUUAUCCAAGCGACACGGCCAAAAACAGCCUUGCUUGGUAACCUUCCAAGAACAGCCAUAUAUAAGAAGAUUGAACAAUACCAAGAGGUUACCACAGUGCCAGGGGUGGUAAUUGUUCAAGUGGACUCAGCUAUCUAUUUCACGAACUCCAACUAUGUUAAAGAAAGAAUCUUGAGGUGGCUGGAAGAGGAGGAAGAACGACAACGACAACAGAAAUUUCCCCAAAUUGAGUUUCUGAUUGUUGCGCUAUCUGCUGUGGUUGACAUCGACACAAGCGGAAUCCUCGCCUUGGAGGAGUUGCUCAGAGCAUUUGAGAAGCGCAAAAUUCAGCUGGUCCUUGCCGACCCCGGACCAACAGUGAUUCAGAAGCUCCGCGCAGCAAAAUUCACUGAACUCAUUGGUGACGACAAGAUAUCCCUGACGAUUGGAGAUGCAGUGAAGAAAUUCGCUCCAAAGGCGGUGGAUAGCGUCUGAUGAAGAUGUCCCAAGUCAUCUAUGGGUGGAUCGCAGACAAGCUUCAACUACUUUUAUAUCAUGCUCCAUGUCUGCAAAGUGAGAAUCUAUGCAGCGGAGCAGCAUGACUGUAACUAAAACAGCUUGAAAAUGUACGGGUACUAAAGCAGGCCUGCGACAUGGUGUCGGGUAAGGAGAUGGUGAGGUAGGCUAGAUGGAUUUCCGAAUCGAUCAGUGUGACUCCGUGUGUGUUAGCAUUGCAAGCACUUUUGAGUUUGAUGGUGGAGCGAUGCUUGGUGAUUUAACGAAUCACCGCCCACCAUAACAAAAAAGGAGGUGCUUUGGUA